AGGGGGAUGGAGUGAGUGAAAUAAAUCCACACUUCUUAUUUCUCACAGCCACUUUUUUAGGGGGGUAGUAAUUUGGCAGGGAGAGAGAGAGGGGGGUGUUUGGAUCACUGCGCCACAUAACAAGAAAACGUGUCCUAGUUCAUGUUAGUAGUAGAAAUCAGCAGCCUAUCUCUUUUUACGCACACCCUGCUCCAGUGAAGGCAACAGCAGUUCAGAUCAGAUUUCACAUUCAGCUCCGACCAGCUGAGAGAGACACAGCCAGAGAGCAGGAGGGCUCGUAUCUCCGCUUUCCCCUCCGAUACCCCCGCCAGAAAAAACCCCCACACAGCCCCUGCGAGGAGCAACCGGGUGCGCGGCGCAAAUAUUAAAAAACACCACCGGGAUUUUUUUCCCCUCCUCCUUUUUUUUUCUUUUAUGUAUUUUUGCAGGAUUUCAGCAGCGAGAGCGCCACAGAGAAUUAGAUAGAGAGAAGAAGAAGAGAUGGACGAGCAGACGAGGUUGAUGCACUCUCACACGGGGGUAGGCAUGGCAGGGCACCCCGGCCUGCCGCAGCAUAUGCAGGAAGGCACCGGAGGAACGGACGGCGACGGAAGAAAACAGGACAUUGGAGACAUUUUACAGCAAAUUAUGACCAUCACGGAUCAAAGUCUGGACGAAGCCCAAGCCAGGAAACACGCUCUGAACUGUCACAGAAUGAAGCCAGCGCUUUUCAAUGUCUUGUGUGAAAUCAAAGAAAAAACAGUGCUGAGUAUCCGCGGCGCCCAGGAGGAGGAGCCCCCGGAUCCCCAGCUCAUGCGCCUGGACAACAUGCUGCUGGCAGAGGGCGUAUCCGGUCCGGAGAAAGGCGGAGGCUCGGCGGCGGCGGCGGCUGCAGCAGCGGCCUCGGGAGGAGCGGGGGCGGACAACUCGGCAGAGCACUCUGACUACAGGGCCAAGCUGACCCAGAUCAGACAGAUCUACCACACAGAGCUGGAGAAGUAUGAACAGGCAUGCAACGAGUUCACCACCCAUGUGAUGAACCUGUUGCGGGAGCAGUCGCGCACACGUCCAAUUUCGCCCAAAGAGAUCGAGCGCAUGGUGAACAUCAUCCACCGCAAGUUCAGCUCCAUCCAGAUGCAGCUCAAGCAGAGCACCUGCGAGGCCGUCAUGAUCCUGCGCUCCCGCUUCCUCGAUGCCAGACGGAAAAGACGAAACUUCAACAAGCAGGCAACAGAGAUCCUGAACGAGUAUUUCUACUCACACCUCAGUAACCCGUACCCCAGCGAGGAGGCUAAAGAAGAACUGGCAAAGAAGUGUGCCAUCACAGUUGCCCAGGUUUCCAACUGGUUUGGGAAUAAAAGAAUCAGAUACAAGAAAAACAUUGGUAAGUUCCAAGAAGAAGCCAACAUGUACGCUGCGAGAACUGCCGUGAAUGCGGCUAAUGCAUCCUCACAUGGAAGCCAAGCAAAUUCACCCUCAACUCCAAACUCUGCAGGUUCUGCUGGCUCUUUUAACAUGUCAAACUCCGGGGACUUGUUCAUGAGCGUGCAGUCUCUCAAUGGGGACUCGUACCAGGGGGCUCAGGUGGGAGCCAACGUGCAGUCACAGGUGGAUACCCUUCGCCAUGUUAUCAGUCAGACAGGCGGAUACAGUGAAGGACUCACAGCCAACCAGAUGUACAGUCCGCAGGGCAUCAAUGCAAACGGUGGCUGGCAGGAUGCUCCGACCCCCUCAUCAGUGACUUCACCCACAGAAGGACCCGGAAGCGUUCACUCUGACACCUCCAACUGAUCCUCCACCCCCCUCCUUCACUCCUCCGUCCUCUGCUUCCUAACUUCCUCCACCACUGCACCCCCAGACACACCUCCUAAAACUGAAGCUCAAACCCCCAUUGGGACUGGACGUGACGUACUGUAUGCAGUCACGCGGCGGGACACAGUUGGGGUCUGGGACGACAUUUCCAUCAUUAUGGACAGAUAUUUCACUUUUCCUAUCUGGACUACAGUACCGCAGCACCGUUAGCAGCCUGCGUAGGGGACUCAUAUCCACACUUCACAGUUUGUACAGUUUCCACUUGAUGUCCAUGUUGCCUCUUUGUAUUUCUCUUACAUUAUAUAUUCACACAGUAGGCACACAGUUAGCAGCGUAAUGCUCCCCACGUCUUGUAAAUUGAAAUGCUUCCACACUACCUCUAUUCGAAAUAACAACAGAGAAAACAUUUCAAGCGCUUCGGUUUUACAAAUUUUUAUAAUUAUUGGAAUUUUAUUGUACGAUGCAUCACGCCCUGUCAUAACACCUCUGUCUUUAUUACUGUGUUCACACAUUUUGUUUAUCUACAGUGCCAAAGUUCAACCCUGGAGGUGAAUUUUGAUACGUUUUUAUUGCGUCAUGUCCUUCCAUUGUCCAUGCCAUACGUUGUUAAGUAUCAUUAUGUUAGUCCAGUCAUAUUAGUCAGGUAAUAUCCAUGUAUUCAGCCUCGAUUUAUAUAGUUUGUAUUCAGAACUUCUACAACAGACAAUGACAUAUAAGGCAUUUUAUAUUUUAUUGCCAGAGAAGCAGGUUUUCUGCUCAUAUGCAGUACAAUGAUAAUGCAAAGAAUUCACAAUUUUUACGCAAGCAAUUAAACUGAGUGCGACUCGAGAGGAGAGCUGAAGUUCUGUCACGCUUGUCGGCUGCAUUUACAAUAUUCAAAAAAUAAUUGACCUGAAAAACUAAAUCGAUGACAACGUUAGCGGCAAUUAUGGCACGUCAAUAAGAAUUAAAGCACAAUAAAGCCUAAUGAUUGAUCUCGAAGGGUAACAUUUGUAAAUGUUGAAGAGAAAACAAUACAGAGGAAAUUUUAUGAUUUAACUAUAGGAGUCGUAUAUGGAAGAAAAAGAGUGUACAUACAGUCAGUGCAUUGUCAGACAUCGUCAGUGUGUAUCAAUAUAGCCAAAUACUGCUGGUAACCAAAUCCAAAACAAAAAUUGUAAUUCAGAUUUUAAGGCACCAUGUUGCUGGGAUUUUACUUUUCAUUUGUGGGAUUAUAUUUGUAUCAUCAUCCUGAGACUGUGUUGGGACAUUUUGAGCUCAGAUUAAGUUUUUGUGUUUGCUCAGAUUAUUCUUUUCACAAUAAGAGUUUCUUGACAUAUAUAUCCCCUUGCACGCUCGGGAUUGUGGCACAAAUAUAACUCCAUGCUUCGAAAUUAUAUUUGUGUCAUAAUCCUGAGAUCACAGUCAGACAUUUUACAUAAAAAAAAAUAGAUUUUUCUGUUUGCCAAAUUAAAUAAUUCUUUGCACGAUAACAAUUUAACAUAUACUUUGUGUGAGAGCAAGAAAAAUCAUUCUCAGAAUACUCCAUCGCAAGCUCAAGAUUGUGGCACAAAUACAACUCCAUAUUUGCGGCAUAAUCUUGAGACCAUGACUGGACACCUAUGUUUGUGCUGAAAUUAGAUUUUUGUGUUAUAUUAUCAAUAUACACUUUGUGUUGGCGCAAAAAAAAUCACGUUAAAAAAAUGCUAUUGCAUGCUCAGGAUUAUGGCACAAACUCUAAGCACUAACUCCGUAUUUUGGAAUUAUAUUUGUGUCAUAAUCCUGAGAUCACAAUGGGACAUUUUGCGCUUAAUUUAGAUUUUUGUGUUUGCUUAAAAUAAAUUAUUCUCUGCAUGAUAAGAAUUUCUUUACAUAUACUUUGUGUCAGCGCAAAAAAAUCACUUUUAAAAUAUCCCAUUGCAUGUUCAGAAUUAUGGCACAAACAUGACUCCAUAUUUUAGAAUUAUAUUUGUGGCAUAAUGCUGAGACCGCGUUGGGACAUUUUGCGCUCAGAUUAGAUUUUUGUGUUACAAUAUUUCUUUACAUAUAUUUUGUGUUUGUGCAAAAAAUCACUUUCAAAAAAUGCCAUUGCACACUCAGGAUUGUGUCACAAAUACAACUCCAUAUUUUGGAAUUAUGUUUGUGUCAUAAUCCUGAGGCCACGAUGGGACUUUUUGCGCUCAAAUUAGAUUUUUGUGUUACAUUAUCAAAUUUUUUUAAUCAUACCUUGUGCUUGAAAAUAUCACUUUUUAAAAAAAAUCCCAUUGUGUGCUCAGGAUUAUGGCACAAAUAUGACUCCAUACAUAUUCAGUGCAAAACACUUGAGGUUUCUCAUCCCAUCACUCCUGUUCUUUGAUAACAUAACGAACUACAGUGUUUGUGUUUUCAAGAGUCCCAUCACUUUUUGUUUUGACACCACAUCCAUCAACACAAACCGAUCCAAAAUGUGAAAUUAAAAUUUGUGACCUUUGUUGUAUGUACAGUAUAGUAUGUGGUCUAACAUGUAUACAUGAUUACAGUGGUCCUCAUGAGAUAUCAGCAUUUACAUACUUUGAUACCAAAAAAAGGCAGAAUUUUUAUCCUUUACAUUGGGAUCAGCUUUAUCCACGUUUUGUUUUUCCUCUUUUUCGUAGGAUUUUAUGAUCUACGGUACUAGUGAGCGUCUCGUAAUGCUCCAGUACUCUGUAUUCAAAGCCAAAAACAUGCAGUUGGAAUACAGACGUGUUUAUAGACAUUACAACGGAAACAAAUACCCUGAUGGCACACAAAUCCAGAUAAUGUUUGGAUAUAUUUUUAUGUCUCCAUUUUGUGAAUAACUUUUUCAUUUGAUAUUCUUUUGCUUUGCUACAGGACUGUUUUUUUAAUGCUACCAUUAUAUGUGAAUUAGCCCAAGAAUGCUCUAUAUACAGUAUGUAGAUAUGCACCUUUACUCUUUUGUUUUUGCAUCUUUGAAUUUGGAUGGUAGCCAUUUUAACGCAGCCUGACGGAGUUCCAAAUCCUGAUUAUUAUUUUGUACUCAGACCACCGAAACAAGCCUGCCUCCAAGAUGGCUACCGUCCGAAUGAAGGUGACGUGAAAAGUUAAUGUUAACAUCGCCCUCCGGAUUUGUUUUGAGCUUAACUCACGAUAAAGAAAUUCAACCCUGAGAUCCCGACCAGUCAUACAGCCUGACAACCACAGGUAUUUUUUAACAGUCGUCAGUGUGUUUGUAUUUAUUACACAUGUAUGAAAUCAUGGAUGUUUCAGAGCUACUGUCUGGAGGUCAACCACAGCAUGAUUCCACCAAACAAACUCAUUUGGAUCAUUGGGAGCGGCUCCUCCUCCUCGACCGAUCUGCUCAGUAUUACAGUCGAGGGGCCGAGCACCGUUGAAGUGAUGCACAGAACCUGCCUCAGUCGUGUCUUCUGAAGUCAUUGGAGUGAAUUGACAGCACCGGCCAUGCAAGGCAAACACAAGGAUUGUUUUUGCACCCCUCGGAUGAUAAGGAAAAAAAAAAAAAAAAAGGCUUAACUCUACUUUUCACAUUGCCUGUCAAAUAUUAUCGAAGCUUCAUGUAAUGAUGCUUUUUAGUUUUUGAAUAUAAAAGGAGAAGAGACAUGAAAAGAAAAUGAACAAUUUGUAAAACAUAAAAUGUUUUAUUUGUUGCAUGUCUUUUUGUUCUUCAAUAAAAUAACGUACUGCAGUGUUUUGAAUGUUAACUUCUUUUUUAUAAGGAUUUCAGAGUGAAAUCGUGGAGCCUUUUUCUUGACAGGUUUUAACUUUUAAGAUCUCUGCGUAUGUAAAAAGGUAUCAAAUGGAAAACUAUUGUCUUUUUAAUUCCAAUUCCAAACCUGUUUUCUGUGGAGAAAAAUAGCUGAAAGGUGUAGGUUUUAUGGUCUCUUAAUUUGUACUGGCAAUGCGUAUCCCAAAUAAAUAGUUUCUUUUGUUGCAUAAA